CUCCAUUUAAUUGCAUUUUUCGAGAGGCCGGAUUCCGGAAAGCUGUGGAAUUUUAACAGAUCAAACUAUCGAUUGAGAAGACACGAGAUGGAGCAGCACGAACUGAUGCAAUCCGUCUCUGGCUUGGUCCGAUUUUUUCAGACGCGGGGUGCCGGAGGAAAGUCGAAAGAGGAAUGCCAAGAGGUUUUAAGGAAGGCAAUUGGAUACAUCAUUAAUCGACUACGCAACUAUCGAACUCGGGUCUCGUUUCUCUCGGACUCGUUCUCGCCGAACGAUCUAACUCAUUUUCGAAACGAAGUACCGCACCGGUUAGACCAGCUCUUAUUACCUCGAUUGAAGGAGAGAACAUUGGCAUUAUCGCUGGCGAUAGAGCCAACGAUGGACAGCCAGGGUGAAUUUUAUCGAGCCUGGUACAAGACCAUUCUGAGUCAGUUGAUAGGUAUCGAAAGAGUCUUGGAAAGAUUCGAAAGGGCCAUCGCUCUAAUCUGGACCAGCUUGCCUUUGAGCCUCGGGCCACCAGGAGAAAAUAGUCCUUAUAUGAUAACCCCAUUCAGAAGUAGAAAGACCAAGCGGAUGAUCAAAGACCUCCUCACUCGCAAAUUGCGUAAUUUCUUGGUCGAAGCAGAGUCUGUUUUUGCCGAUUCCAGACCCGCAAACCCGUCGAGCGAUGAGGAGCUCCCGACGGUCGAACGGUGGCGCAGUGUGUUGAGACUCACAGCAGUAAUGUCGGACAGGAUCGAUGAAAUCAGACGAUGGCUUCAGAAGCCUUUGAUCGCGGUGGCCAAGGAAGAAUGGCAGGGGCUGGUCGAACAGAUCGACAACUCGUUGAGGUUGCUUCUCAAACACCUCAAUGCAACCUACCAUAAGCUCGAGAAGGGUUAUCAGUCGGAUUCUGAUUAUGAAGUGGUCUUCUUGGAUGGGACGAGGAUCAAGUUCGUCCAAGCCGGUCUCCCGGUCAUCAAGCUAUGUCGGGUCUACUUCAACAAACUCUCGCGACCCACGAACAGCAUGUCUUUGAUUUUUGUAGAAAAUUCGAUGAGGCUCGGAGCGGCUCGCUUGGACAACUUGCUCAAUUUGACCCAGGAUACAGCAGUUUGGAUUGACUACUUCGUACGCAAGAUCACGCAAUCGGACAGCCGCCGACGCGAGAUAGUGGACGCGACGGUCAGACUAGCCGGUAGCUUUCUCAAGUCCUCGUCUAUCUUAAAAGAUUACUGGGACUCACUUUUGGACAGUGGCAAUCAUGCUCUACCAGUGGAUCGAGAGAGGAUUGAAGAGGCUCAAAAUUGGCUUGAAUGUUGGAACAUGAUGCUCAACCAAGCCACGGGAAAUCUGACCGAAGCGACAAGGUCCAGGGGCCCUGGGCCAGUCUCCCAUAUCGGGGAAGACACCAGUGACGAUUGGGAUCCAGAAGGGGGGGGCUUGAUGACUUAA